UCCGUGCUUGGCAUGGGUCAAGAUCUCAACACGCUGGGAAUGGACCUCGACUCGUCCGAACCUCUCUACCCGACUUUCCACGUGUUCCCAGACGCCACCGGCACAGGUUCAAUGUAUGAUAGCAGAAGUCGUCAUCCGGUUCCCGCAUUCGAGGUUCCCACCGCCUACAUGGUCACCAACGUGCCGCCGAUGCAUUCCAGGAUCAACGCCUUCAGCGACGAAACACUCUUUCAAGUCUUCUACACCGCUCCGCGUGAUGUUGCACAAGAGCUGGCGGCACAAGAAUUGUCAAUCCGUGAGUGGCGUUGGCACAAGGUCCUCCGCCAGUGGUUACAGAAAGACACCCGCGAAGCCAACACGGGCGCUCUGCCAGUCGUCGACCUCGCUAAUGGCGCUCCGAUGGGCGUUGCUCCAGUCCGCUUGACCGACCGCACCGAGCGAGGCGUCUACAUCUUCUUCGAGCCGAGCAACUGGCGCCGCGAGCGUCGCGAAAUCAUCCUGGACUACGAUCAACUCGAUCAACGA